AUGGUGCUAUCUGGUACCAACCUGGCUACUGGAAUCCCUAAUAGUAAAGUGAAAUACUCAUGACUCUCCAGCACAGAUGAAGGCUCCAUUGACCUUCAGUUUAAGAAAAGCCCACCUAAGAUCCCACUUAAGGCCAUUGCACUUGCUACAGUGCUGUUUCUGAUUGGCACCUUUCUCAUUAUCAUAGGCUCCUCCUGCUGGUGGGCUAUAUCAGCAAAGGGGGUGUUGCAGAACAGCAGGUCCUGUCCUGAUCAUGGCAUCCUGGUGUUCCUGCCAGGAUUUUACCACCUACUUAUCAACUACUAUGCAUCCAAAGGCUACUGGGGUCACUCCUACAAUAAUAUACAGGAAUUUGACAAUAGAAUAGAGGAUUCUGAGAAUCAG